GGCAUUCACCGUGAUUGUAGUCGAAUUGCGUCGUGCACGCCGUCGUGAUUUGGUAUGCACGUCUUCCUGUCUUUCUUGGUCUUCCUCCGUUCCUCCUAAGCUAGUUGAGUCAGCCGUAAUAGUGGCACGUCGUUAGGCUUGAAGACAGCUCCGAGGAUGUCCAAGAAGCAGGACAAGGUGGACAAUGGCAUCGUCGCCGUGAAGAGUAAAUUUGACGCCGACAUUAUCAGAUUCUCCAUGAAUCGUAACGAGCCUAUGAGUUAUGAGGACUUUGGAAAGCUACUGGCGCAAAGACAUGACUUGGGAACAGACUUCAGCUUUUCAAUUUGGUACACGGAUACAGAUGGUGAUCUACUUCCCAUCAAUAAUGAUAACAAUCUGGCGAGGGCUCUAGCAAAUGUCAAGUGCCUGCUCCGAAUUUUUAUACAUAGGAAAGGCGAUGGAGCAUGGGAUAAUGGAUAUGGUACAAUGAAACCUAAAAAUUUGAUAUCCAGUAUCUUAGGUGGUACACCAGGCAAGCCAAAAUCUAUAGUCAUUUCAAACCCACAUGAUUUUAGGCAGGUAUCUGCAAUUAUUGAUGUUGACAUACUGCCAGAAACCUGUCGACGUGUACGUCUAUUAAAACAUGGAUCUGAUAAACCUUUGGGAUUUUAUAUCAAGGAUGGUGAAAGCUAUCGCGUACUGCCACCAUCUGCUGGUGGUGGAAUUGAGAAGGUUCCAGGUGUAUUCAUUAGUAGAUUGGUACCGGGUGGCUUAGCAGAAAGUACAGGACUUCUAGCUGUGAAUGAUGAGGUUUUGGAAGUAAAUGGUAUAGAAGUUGCAGGAAAAACGCUUGAUCAGGUGACAGAUAUGAUGAUAGCAAAUUCCUCUAAUCUCAUCAUAACUGUCAAGCCGGCAAAUCAGAGGGCAGCAUUAACAGCACCUCGUCGUGGUUCGUUCUCACGUAACAGUCAAUUGUCGUCAGGAAGUCGUCAGUCUACGCAGAGUGCCGGUAGCGAUGAAGAGGCAGACGAGAUUGUCGAUCUUACAGGCAUGACGAUGCAAGAUGAUGCUUCGGCAUCGUCCACUCAGCACCAUCACUAUCACCAUCAUCAUCACCAUCAGAAUUAUGAUCAGGGUGUACUGCAUUUGUAGGGUACGCGUUUUGUAUUUACAAACUAUAGAAUGGUAAUAGAUAAUUCGUUAUAAAGUAUCGAAAUAUAGGCAUAUCGAAAAUAGGAAAAUGAAAUAUAUAAUAGCGAAAGGAAGAUAAUUUCUACAUAGUAUUAUAAAUUGUGUAUGACUGAUACUCUGAGAUGAUGCUCCGCGAAUUCUAUGAUUAAGAGAACUUUUAUCUCGAUACAUUGUAACUAGUUGUCUAUUGCUUUGGGACGUCAUGUAUUAGGCAGAUUAGACUACACUAUCGCGAAGAAGAAUAUAAAUUUUGCUGCCUGACAAAUAACGUUCCAAAAAUAACAGUGGCCUUAUAUAAUAUAUCAUUCCUGCUAGUUUAAAAAAAUAAUAGAAAAAGAAGUUCCGUUAUAAUGCAGCCACACGCCUAUUCGUGUAUCUAUUUCGUCCACCACCGCAUGUUUAGACUGUUGAAGUUUUCGAAUUUUAAUUUCAUUUUUAUCUAUGUUAUCUGUUAUCCAAUUGCGGACUAAGGAUUGAAGAGUAAUACUUUAUAGGACGGUAAGUAUCGACAGAAAUAUCAGGAAAAAUGAUUGUAUUUUUAUGAAUGUAAAAUAUUGUUCUUUGCGUGCCUUCAUCAAAGUGGAAUUAAUAUGUUAGGGAAUGUUAAAUUCCAAUUAUAUUUACAUGAAAACAUUGAUGAGGAGACAUCGUUUUUAAGAUAUCUAUACUGCCUUCGUAGUUACAUGAGUCCAUUUUUAUAUACGCUCAAGCCUACUUUUUCUACUUAAUUC